AUGCUUGGGGCCUUUUUGUCGUUGCCAGCCACGCUGGCACUCUUAUUCCUCAGCACCCUCACCAUCGCUUAUCGACCACUCCAAUUCGUCAAGCAUACAGGGCAGUCCGGCCGCGCAGAUCAGGCUUUCAGCAUGGUAAACUACUUCAAUGAGACCACGCAACAGUCCGACCUGUACAUCCGCAUGUGGAUGUUCCGGUAUAAAUCCUCCAACAAGGGCUGGGCCUCCCUGGGACUCGGACCACAGAUGAAAGGCGCUCUUAUGUUUAUUAUAUACGGUGAUCCUAACUCGGAGGAUAAGUCGAUGACCUUGACCGUAAGGACUGUGGACGGACAUCAUCCUCCUCGACCCAUGGAUGAGAUGAAGGAUUUCUACAGCGGCUAUGUUCCCGAGGUAGACGUGGUGACGACCCAUUUCGAGGACUACACCGGUGACUGGUAUUCAGAGCAGAUGCAAGCGAAGCCCUCGCACUUGGGCAUCGCGGACUUCAUCGUCCGCGGAUACGACAAAUGGGCAGCCCCGGAGCUUGCGGUCAAGAACGACACCACGAACCAAGCCAUGAUAUGGAGUUCCAACUUCAGACAAGACUUCGAAGGGGACUUUUCGGUCGAGAGGGCCAUUGAUAUGCACCAGUUUGGGCUAGGUUUCGGGUUUUUGUGGGUUGAUCUGUUGAAUGCGAGGAGCGAUGUCGGAUUUUUUGGCGACAUCAACGAGUUAAAUGAUCAUACUGGGAUCAGUGAGACCGCAGAGCCCAAGGCGCCGACGGAAGAGGAGUUGAAGAAAGGGGAUGAGAUUAUUGCGGCACAGAAUGGCGCCGGCAGAACAAGUGAAGUUAACAGUGGAAGUGGUGAGGGCGACUCGAAAGAAGCGGUACCCGAAGACCCUGUGGAUAAAGAGGCCGAUGAAUCAGCGCCGGCUCCCACAGAUGCGAGUCCCGAUAGCGACACUUCCGCACCCGGAUCCGACGAUGGCAGCAAGGUCGAACAGCCGGUCAAGUCGGUCAAGCAGUGGAACAUCAGAUCGAUGAUGUGGCACCUCCAUGGCUUCCUGAUGACCAUGCCUUUCCUCGUCGGCUACCCCUUGGCAAUAUACCUCCUCCGCUCUCCACGCACGAGCGCGGCAGGAACGGCGUUCAACUACCAUUGGACCGUCAACUCUCUGUCUUCCAUCUCCGUCUCCAUCGGCGCGCUGAUCGGCUUCACGAACUCUCGCUCCAUCUCGAUCACGCAUCAGUACGUCGGCAUUCUCAUCGUCUGCGCACUGGCUGUGCAGGUCGUCCUGGGCUGGAGACACCACGUCAUUUUCAUCUCGACCGGCGGCCGCAAGACCUGGAUGAGCACCGUCCACGUCAUCCUAGGCCGCGUUGUGCUCCCCGUCGGCAUAAUCAACGUCGUCUCGGGCCUCAUGCUGCGACACUAUGGCUGGCCGGUCAUCUCGCUCUGCGUCGCCCUGGCUGUGGUCGAAGUGGUCGUCUUGACCCUCGUGGUGGGCCAGGCGAGGAAGAGAAGGCCCGGCGCCCUACAGAAAGGCCCCUCGGCACCGACGGCCGACGAGGCAGAGGAGUAUUUUCAACUAGCUGGCGACGACGACGAUGAGUUCAGCGACGAUGACGAUCAUGACGAGGAGACGGGGCGCAUGAACGCCAAGGAGAGAGCCAAGAAGGAAGCGGAGCGCGAGGAGCAACGGAAGAAAUUGGCCAAGUUGGAUCGUGUCUAG